ACGACAACAUAUUUGAAAAAAACUUUGCCCAACUUGGGUAUCCCUAAAUCCAAGUGUGUAACUUUCUUACCAAAAGUAAAUUGUUUGUAACCUUAUCAUUUUUGUAGAUACAUAAUACAAAAAUAAUCAAAGCAUACAAGUUGAAUUUUACCAAACUUACCCGCCAAAAAAAUGGAAGAAUUUGAAACCCUAGAAUUAUAUGAGCUCCACUAUUCUGAUCUCGUUGCAUUAUCUUUUUUGUCUCCUUUGGAUGACCAAUCUUCUCCAUCUUCCGAAAACAUGGAAUAUUUGGAAUCAGUAAUGUAUAAGAUCAUGAAAAACCUCGGUCCCUCCGGCCCGGGCCUACUUGCUAUUAACGGAGUCCCCAAUGCUUCCGAACUGCGCCAAAUACUGCUUCCAAUGGCUCGGAAGCUGGCCCUCCUUAACAACGAAGAUCGUAAACGUGUACUCAAGGAUCAUGGGUUAGGAAGUGACGUUCCGCUUAAGAACGUUGAUAGAACAGUCUCCCCUUUCGCUAUGCAAUUAAAAUACAACCGGGAUUUGGAUGUUGGCAGUCUUUGUAAUGCAAACAGGUCAGGGAUUGAAGGUUGUAGUUCGGAAAUUGAGAAUCUUGGGAACGUAUUUAAAGAGUUGGGACAUUGCAUGAUUGAGGUAGGUCUUCGACUGGCAAGGGUGUGUGACAAAAUCAUUGGUGGACAUGAGUUAGAACAAAGCUUAUUGGAAUCAUGCUCGGCUAAAGGGCGUCUUAUACACUACCAUUCGCUUUUAGAUAACGUUAUUCUGCAAGCCUUAAAGGAUACGCGGUCCAAAAGCAGGACUAGUAAAAAUUCUAGUGAAAAGUGCUCCGAUCUGUGGCAGCAGUGGCAUUAUGAUUAUGGUGUUUUCACUGUUUUGACAGCACCGAUGUUCAUGUUUGCUCCUGUAAUUAAUGGCUGUUCCCAAUCAUGUGAUGGGAAGGAGUGCUCUUCCCCUAGUGGACAUACAUAUUUGCAAAUAUUUGAUCCGAAUAAGAACAGUGUUGUAAUGGUAAAGGCAUCUUCGGAUAGUUUUAUUGUUCAGGUAGGGGAAUCAGGUGAUAUAUUGUCAAAAGGGAAACUCCGUGCAACUCUUCAUUCCGUUUCUAGACCUAAAAAUUUGGAAAAUUUGAGCAGGGAAACAUUCGUUGUGUUCUUGCAGCCUGCGUGGAGCAAGACACUUACGCUCUAUGAUUUUGCAGUGGAAAAUACGAGUUUAAAUGGUGAGCAUGCAAGAGUAUGUAAUGAGGAGAACCGGUCUCAAAAACCAAGUUCAGAUAUUGGUAAAUUAGUCCCACCACUUUGUGAUCGCUUAAAAGAUGGUAUGACAUUUGCAGAAUUUUCAAGAGAAACAACAAGACAAUAUUAUGGAAGCACUGGGUUGCAGUCAAAGAGAUAAAUGAUUGAUAGAUGGUUGCUUCAAUAUGUUGAUUACAAUGGGGUGAAUUAUUGUCCUUCAUCCAAGUAUAUUUAUGUUGUUGCUCACCCAAAAAAACAAUAUGAAAUUAUGAACCAGUAAAAUUAUGAAGAUGAUUCGGUUCCUGUUUAAUACUUGCACAUGAGAGUUUCAAUUAAUGGUAUCAACUUCGCUUCUGGUAAUCAUACAAAAGGGGGUGAUAAAUCAAGAAUCUUCUGCAGAGUUUAUAUCCAUGUGAGUGAUCUCCAAAGAUUCUAUGAUCUCUUUGUCAUGAGGAUUUACUGCUUGUAUUGAAUGGUUAGCAGUCACAGUUCACACAACUAAUGUAGUUAAUGUCAGUUGAAAGUCGUAUUGUUAUCAUGGAGUCGUUUACAUGUUGUCAUUGUGUGUUGUAAACAGAAACUCGGUAUCAAAAAAAUAGUUUGUGACUGGAAUAAACGUUGCAUAA